AACUCGGAAAUGGAGUGGACUAGUAGUUCCCUUGUCUGGUUGAGUCUUUCUUUAUUGGCUGGAGUUCUUCUGCUCAGUUGGAGAAAGGUCAAGAAUGGAUCUACCGGAAAACGACCACCGGGGCCAGCAGGAUGGCCAGUGGUCGGAAAUAUUUUCAGUCUGGGAACGAUGCCGCACCAGAACUUCUACAAAGUCCGACCAAUUUAUGGACCAAUUCUUUGGCUGAGGCUCGGAGCAGUGAACACCAUGGUUAUACAGUCGCCCAAGGCGGCUUCUGAACUGUUCAAGAACCAUGACCUUCAUUUCUCUGACCGCAUGGUUCCAGAUGCAGUAACCGCCUUGGAUUACCACAAGGGAUCGUUGGCCUUUGGUAAUUACGGCACCUACUGGCGCAUACUGCGACGUCUCUGCACCAUGGAGCUCCUAGUUAACAAAAGGAUCAACGAGACAGCAUACCUCAGGCAAAAGUGCAUUGACAACAUGAUUCAAUGGGUUCAGGAGGAUGCAUCGGCUUCACGUGCUCGGGGAGGGUCAGGAGAGGUGGAAGUGACCAACUUCCUCUUCCUCAUGGCUUUUAACGUAGUUGGAAACCUCAUGCUGUCAAGAGAUCUCCUAGACUCGCAUUCGGAGGAAGGGCACGAAUUCUUCAAUGCCAUGAGCAAGGUCAUGGAAUGGGCUGGGAAGCCUAAUGUAGCAGACUUCCUACCAUUCUUAAAAUGGCUAGACCCACUAGGGAUCAAGAGGAAUAUGACGCGAGAUAUGGGAAGAAGCAUGAAGAUCGCAACUAGGUUUGUGAAUGAGAGAAUUCAAGACAAGCAGUCGGGCAAAGAGAAGCAGAAGAAAGAUUUGUUGGAUGUGUUAUUGGAGUAUGAAGGUGACGGCAAAGAAGUUCCUGAUAAGAUCUCAAUGAGGAAUGUGAUCAUAAUCAUAUUGGAAAUGUUUUUUGCAGGAUCGGAAACUACAAGCAGCACAAUUGAAUGGGCAAUGACUGAGCUAUUACACAACCCUAGCUCAAUGAGAAAGAUUAACGAAGAGCUUGAUCACGUCAUCGGAUCUAAAAGGAAGGUUCAAGAAAGUGACAUUGAUGGGCUGCCAUAUUUGCAAGCGGUUGUGAAAGAAACACUUCGAUUACAUCCGCCUAUUCCUUUGUUGCUUCCACGGAGCACAACACAAGACACAAAUUACAUGGGAUACCUCAUACCAAGAAACACCCAAGUGCUUGUGAAUGCAUGGGCAAUUGGAAGAGAUCCUGAUUCAUGGGAUGAGCCCUUGUGUUUCAAACCAGAAAGGUUUUUAGACUCUAAUAUUGAGUACAAAGGGCAGCAUUUUGAGUUGAUUCCAUUUGGAUCUGGGAGACGGGUUUGCAUAGGCUUGUCCUUGGCUCAUAGAAUCAUUAACCUUGGACUGGCCAGCUUACUACAGUCUUUUGAUUGGGAACUUGAUAGCUAUGCGACUCCAGAAACUAUGGACAUGAAGGAAAGGAUGGGAAUAACUCUGCGGAAGCUAGUUCCCUUGAAAGCAAUACCCAAAACACGAGCUGUGUGAAGACGAAAUGAUCAUAAAAGAAGGUUAUUCAAUCUAGUUGUCAAGUCAAAAUAUGUACUGCAUUCCAUUGCAAGUCUUAUGGUAGUUUUUUGUGGACUCCAGUAUAAGGUUUUAUGUAGAAUACUGCAAGUAUCAAGGAUAAUAUGGUAUGGUAUGGCUUGAAUUUAUCCUCACAAGCAAUCCUCUUACUAAUUUUCUGUGUAAUCCAUAUAAUCUUGCUUCCCUG